CUGCACUACCAUGAGCUAAUGAAAUGAAAUUUUGUUCUUAUCUGUAAUGUAAAGUUCAAAUUUGAAUGACAAUAUUAUUGUUAUAGUUAUGGUUUUCACAGCUUUUUGGUUGUUAGAGGUAGAAAGCGUUUUUAGGUAAAGUUGUAAUUCUUUUUUAAAGGCACAAAAACAGGUCGGGUAUUGAGAAACUUACAUUUAUGAAUAUAAAACUUAGCCAAUAGUAUAAUGAGGUUGCAAAGGUAAAAUUCCUUUUCAAAUUUUAAUUAAUUUUAAUUUUUUUUUUUUUUUUUUUGACUGACUGUUUAUUUUUAUUUUUUAUUUUUAUUUGUUUUAUUGGGUGGACUGACUGUUCACAGUUGCAGAAUGUCCACAUAUGGGUAAUACUUCCGGUUGUGACGUAUUUUUUUCUCUCUGGUUAGUCGUAGUAGCCCCGCCCAUACCUGUCACUCCCAGGCUCCCUCCGGACUGCCUCACUGCCUACCUACCCCUCCCUCGGAAACCCUUUUAACGUCGUUUUUAUCACCUGUCUGUUCCUUCUACUCUUAACACCUUCUCGUUUUUUAUUUUAAAAUAUUUAACUAAGAUGAAAGCGUAUAUUUCGGAGUUCGUAAACUAUCGGAGGACAGACUUUAUUCCGAACUGAACCUGCUUGCGGCAGUCAUCAGUCAAACAUGGGAGAGUGGCACUUCGCAAUGGACCCGGUGCAGGAAUGGGGGGAGGAGGAGGAGGAUGGUGUUGUCUUCGGCAUCACGCUGCAUCGGGAGCCUGCCUUGCCCAAAUCGGACACAGUGGAUGACUGUGCGGCCUUCAGCUAUUCCCAGUACCACACAGUGAAGUUACGCAGACUAAAAGCUGGCACUCUGGAGCAGCUUGUCAGCCAUCUGCUGGAUCCCAAGAAUCAGGAGCCUGACUACGUCCAUGUUUUCCUCUCCAGCUACAGAGCCUUCACCUCUCCCAAUAACCUAAUCGAGCUACUCUUUCAGAGAGAUGACUUAGACACCUGCCAUGAUAACACUGUCUACCCACAAAGUACUCUACUCCCAGUGAUUAGAAUGUGGUUAAUAGAAUACAGUGCAGACUUCAAUGAGCCUCCCAAGCACCAGGCUCUCCGGCUGUUGUGUGCUCACCUGCGACGUCGCCUUUGCUUUAGACGCUUGGCUCAGACUGCGGAGAGUCUGCUGAAAUCGCUCCAGGAACAAGAUUGCAGCCGGUCUGCACCAGUGGAUGACAUUGACACAAUGCAGCAGGACCACAGGGAACUGCUUUGCAAGGAGGAGGACAAACACGUCUUUAUAAACUUCUCUGUCAGGGACAUAGCAGAACAGCUCACCAGAUUGGACAUGGAACUAUUUGUCCAAGUAGUACCUUUUCACUGCCUGGGCUGUGUGUGGUCACAACGGGACAAGAAGGAAAAUGGGAAUCUGGCACCUAGCGUCCGUGCUACCAUCUCCCAGUUCAAUGCCGUCACCAACCGUGUCAUCACUUCACUGCUUUGCCCGUCCUCUCCAUGCCCCUCCACUUCCUCUCCAAUCUCAUCACCGGGCUCUUCUUUGCGGUUCCUCUACCCUUUGAGCACCCCGGGUUCACCUCAGCCCUUUCAAACUAGUCCUUCCUGCAGAGCACGCAUCAUUGAGUGGUGGAUCACAGUUGCACAGGAGUGUAGGCGAUUAACAAAUUUUUCUUCCUUGCGGGCCAUCCUCUCCGCCCUGCAAUCCAACGCUGUCUAUCGCCUCAAGAAGACCUGGGCUGCUGUCUGCAAGGAAAGCUUGGCCACCUUUGACCAUCUGUGUGAGACAUUUUCUGACGAGAACUGUGUGCUGGCCACCAGAGAGAUUUUGACAGAGGAUGGGACUCAUUCAGAGAGUGGCAUCAUUCCCAGCUGGAGGUCACCGCCUCUCUGUUCCAAACAAAUGCAGAAAGGUGGUAUCAUACCUUACCUGGGCUCCUACCUGUCUGUCCUCACUAUGCUGGAUACAGCUUUUACUGACAUUGUAGAGGGUGGCCUGAUCAACUUUGAGAAGCGCAGAAGGGAGUUUGAGAUUCUCUCUCAGAUUCGACAGCUUCAGGCUUCCUGUUCCCACAAGCAGAUUCCUGUUAACCCUCACAUAACCAACUGGCUGAAGUCGCACACACUCCUUACUGAUCAGGAGAGCUAUGAACUGUCUCGUGAGCUGGAACCUCCCGUUGAUCUAUGUCCUAGCUCUCCCAAUUUAUGGAGCGGGCGACUGCUGAAUAAGAAGCUCCCUUUGUUGCGCAAAAACAGCGACAGUUCUCUGGGGAAGACUCACACCGACCAGAUCAGUGUGUCAUCUUCCAGCUCCAGCAGCUCAGACAUGGACGACCUCAGCGCGCCUCAGACGUCCCCACUAGGACUCAAACUCAAGUCACUCUCCAACUCCAUGCACAACAUCACAGAGGGCUACGCCUCUAUGUCUUCCUCCUUCUCCUCCUGUUCCCCAAGUCUCUCCAGCUCCUCGUGCAGUUCUUCUCAUCCGGACCUGAGCUGCUCCUCCAUGGCGCUGAGCCCUGAUUCCUCAUGCUCCUCUAGCAUCUCCACGCAGUCGGUGCAGCCGGUCUACAACAAACAGCUUGCCGACUCAUGCAUCGUCAGAGUCAGUGUGGAGUGUGUGAGCAAUGGCAACGUCUACAAAAGCAUUCUGCUGACCAGCCAGGACCAUACCCCUCAGGUCAUUCAAAGAGCUCUCGACAAACACAACCUUGACCAUUUUAACUGUCAAGACUUCAGCCUCUGUCAGAUGCUCAACAAUGGGAAAGAGCUCCACAUCCCUGACAAAGCCAACGUUUAUUACGCCAUGUGCACCAAAGCCAACUAUGACUUUGUCCUGCACCAACGCUGGAGAAGCCACGGGAGACAUCAGGGCUCCUCAUCCAGUCCUGGAGCUCAGCCCGUGGUCCGCCAGCCCAGGUGAAAAGCGUAGAUGCACACCCCCGAGCGACAAACUAUCAUUCUCAACUAUGUCUGACGGAAAGAAGAUCUGCUGCACAUUUGGUCCUUUGAACUUCCCUGCAGCUUUAUUCAAACAACCUCAGCAAGCUCGAACAUGGCUCUCAUGAGGCCCAUUUGGAGCUUUUUGCACGAGUCUAAGACUUUUUUUGCCAGCCACGUCUCACGGUGAAAUGUCACAAUAUCACUUGUGACAAGCACACCUCACUCUAAAUUUGAGUAUUUAUUCACUUGACAUGUUUUUGCGUGACAUCAGUUAUCAACUAAACUAUCACGUUGACCUCAGUAUUUUGCUUUACGUGUUAUUUGUUGUUUUUUUAAGUAUAGUACAUCUCCAUGAGACCAUUUUCUGACGUAAGCUAGUUGUACUGAAUACAUGUAGAAAGUUCAUGUAUCAAAUGAAGGAGACGACGUGUGUCGGUUGGACGAUGGAGCUCACGUGGAGCGUGAAGAAUGGUCCUCGUAUGUCAAAGUGUCUUCAAUAUGUGUGUUGCCAUGUGGAAUUGUUUUUAUUGUGAAGUCAUCAAUGUUACUGUUUGCACAUUUUUUGUUUAGGCCUAUAUCAAAUUAUAUAGCUAUUUUAUUGUUAUCCAUGCACUUAGUGUCAGAAAUUAUUAUGGACUAUCUGCUAAUAAAGACAUUUUAUUUUUAAAUAACGUUGAAACUGAGUUGUGUAGGCCCGAUGUGUCCAAAGAACGGAAAGGGGGCCAUUGUGGCUCGCAGCUUGUUUUUUACUUGGUCGGUGGCAAAAUGUUAUUAACUCUUUGUUACAUAGUGGUCACCAGAGUGGACAACUGUUAUCCCACAUUGGCCUAAGCUCAUGCCAAAGUCACUCACGACAGUGGACGCUAAUAUUUCUUGUCAUACACUGCCACUUAGUGGUCAGCUGUUGUAAGUGCAAACAACAAGAUGGCUGACAGACAUGCAAAACUGUCCCUCCUGUUCUAGAGACACUUGC